AUGAAGUUGCGUGAACCCUUGUCAUCGGAGGAUGAGACGCAAGAGCCCAUCGGAAAGCUGCAAGCAGCAGACAACUCGGUCUUCGCUUCGCGCUGGGAGCUCUUCACUCCGUACAUUGCCGAGUAUUGGGGGACGCUUGUUGUGACCGCUACAUUUCUUUGCAACGUGGAUGUGGACCAAAGGAUAGAUCCUUCCUUCAAGUCCAUUUGUCAGGCGUUUAUGGUGGUGGGCAUGGUGUCCGCGACGAAGCACAUCACUGGGUCCAGCCUGAAUCCGUCCGUGAGCCUUGCCCUAGCCCUGGCAGGGAGGCAGCGGAUACGCACUGCAGGUUUCCUGUGCAUUGCCCAGAUCCUUGGAGCCAUCACUGCCGUUGCAUUGUGCUGCAAGGCGGGCAUCGGCAAGGAUUUUCAACUUGGCCCUAUCCUCGGCCACAACUGGUUCCAGGUGGCCCUGCUUGAGACAACCUUUGCGGCGAUGAUGUGCAUCGUGUAUCUCAACUGCGCGGCCUCCACCAAGAACAACCCCAAGGGUGAUCAAAAUGGAUUCGUCGGACUUUCAUAUGGCUUCUGUUACCUGGCCAGCCACAAUGCUGCUUCAGGAGUGUGCAGGACAGUCAGCAACUCGGCCAUUUCGAUUGGCCUAAUCGUGUGGGCGAAAAGCGAUUCUGUUUCCCUGGGGCAAGGCUUGGGAUACUUCUUCUAUGACUUGCCAGAUGCUGGGCUGUUGCAUGUGCAGCUUCCGGAGCGGUCUUAUGGCAAAAGCAAAAGUUUCGCUCACUCUAUACACAAUAAUUGUAAUAAGUAUAUCUGUAGUACAAUAUAUAACACGCACAUUACAAACAAGUGUAAACCAAAUGCAGAUAUGCCUAUGGGUGUAAAUUCAAAUACUUCAAGUAUGCAUACACAUAUUGUGUAA